AUGUUGUCCAGAAGCCUGUUGACGGUGACCCGUUGCGCCCGGCUGCGCCAGGUCCAGCAGCCGCUGCAGCAGUAUGCUCUCCCUCUAUACUUCCGCCAGGUCCGCAGCUAUGCCGACAGGGUCGUCAAAGUGCCUCAGAUGGCCGAGUCCAUAUCGGAAGGAACGUUGAAGCAGUGGUCCAAACAGGUUGGCGACUUUGUCGAGCAGGACGAGGAGAUUGCUACCAUCGAGACCGACAAGAUUGACGUUGCCGUCAACGCGCCUGAAGCAGGUACUAUCAAGGAAUUCCUCGCCAACGAAGAAGACACCGUCACUGUCGGCCAGGAUCUCGUCCGCAUCGAGCUUGGAGGCGCACCCUCCGAUGGGGCCAAACAGGCGCCGUCCGAGUCCAAGGAUGAGGCCAAGAAGGAGGACGCCCCAGCAUCGCGAGAGACGGUAGAGCCUCCCAAGAAGGAGGAGAGCAAGCCGGCACCGCCACCGCCGGCUCCCGAGAAGAAGGAACCCUCUCCGUCCCCUAAACAGUCCCCGCCGGCCGCCAAGGAGUCCUUGUCCUCCACGCCCACUCUCGGAAGUCGGGAGGAACGCAAGGUCAAGAUGAAUCGCAUGCGCCUUCGAAUCGCCGAGCGCCUCAAGCAAUCCCAGAACACGGCCGCGUCCCUGACGACCUUCAACGAGGUCGAUAUGUCGUCAUUGAUGGAGUUCCGCAAGCUGUACAAGGACGACGUCCUCAAGAAGACGGGCGUGAAACUUGGAUUCAUGAGCGCCUUCUCCCGCGCGUGCGUCUUGGCUAUGCGGGAUCUGCCCGCGGUCAACGCAUCCAUCGAAGGACCCAACGGCGGUGACACCAUCGUCUAUCGCGAUUACGUGGAUAUUAGUGUUGCUGUCGCUACGGAGAAGGGCUUGGUGACGCCCGUUGUGCGCAACGUGGAGACCAUGGACAUGGUCGGCAUCGAGAAGGCCAUCGCUGAUAUGGGCAAGAAGGCAAGUAGUUCCCUUCCUACUGACCUUACCACUCAGGCCCGUGACGGUAAGCUCACCAUCGAGGAUAUGGCCGGCGGCACGUUCACCAUCAGCAAUGGCGGUGUGUUCGGGUCCCUUAUGGGUACACCCAUCAUCAACCUUCCUCAGAGUGCCGUGCUGGGCCUCCAUGCUAUCAAGGAGCGCCCCGUCGCUGUCAAUGGCAAGAUCGAGAUCCGACCCAUGAUGUAUCUGGCCCUUACCUACGAUCACAGGCUUCUGGAUGGCAGAGAAGCAGUGCAGUUCUUGGUCAAGGUCAAGGAGUACAUUGAGGAUCCCAGGCGUAUGCUGCUAUAG